UAUAUGUUAUUUCAUUUUUCUAUUUUCUAUCCUUUUCCUAUGCAUGAUUCUUGCUCAAACCCAUGAUGUGAGAGCAGCACCAAUUUUUCAAAUCAAAAUUUGACCAUAAGGUUCACUGAACUCAUGUUAUUAUUCCCUUCCUUUCAAUUUCAACCACCAACCAUAGAAUUUUCUUGAUACCAUGCGGAUGUGGCUGCAAAACUAAGUUUUUAGUACUACAUAUAUUCCAUCUUGAUUUUGCAAUCACUUCCUUCAAACCAAGUUGUUACUAUGUCUAAUUUCUCAGAGUUCAAACCUCUCAACGAGAACACGCUGAUCGAAUACAUAAAAACCAUCCCUUCCCUCUCAUCCAAACUAAACAAUGAUUUCUCCAACUUAUCUGUUAAAGAAGUUGGAGAUGGCAACCUUAAUCUUGUCUUCAUUGUUUCCAACUCCAAUGGUUCUUUUGUAAUCAAACAGGCUCUGCCAUAUGUUCGCUUAAUAGGCGAAUCAUGGAAGAUGACGAAAGAGAGAGCAUAUUUUGAGUCCUUGGCAUUGAAAGAAAAGGGCAAACUGUGUCCAGAACAUGUACCAGAAGUUUAUCAUUUUGAUCGUACCAUGUCUUUGAUCGGUAUGUGUUAUUUGGAGCCGCCACACAUAAUCCUAAGAAAAGGAUUGGUUGCUGGUGUUGAGUAUCCUUUGCUAGCUGAACAUAUGUCUGAUUUCAUUGCAAAAACACUCUUCUUUUCGUCUCUGCUGUUCCGUUCUACUACUGAUCACAAACGGGAUGUUGCUGAAUUUUGCGGGAACGUGGAGUUAUGCAGGCUCACUGAGCAGGUCAUUUUCUCUGACCCUUAUAAAGUUUCUGAACAUAAUCAUUGGACUUCUCCUUAUCUUGAUCGCGAUGCUGAGGCUAUUCGGGAAGACAAUCUACUGAAGCUUGAAAUUGCCGAACUGAAAUCAAAGUUCUGUGAGAGGGCUCAAGCACUACUACAUGCAGAUCUACAUACUAGUUCGGUUAUGGUUACUCGUGAAUCAACUCAAGUUAUUGAUCCUGAAUUUGCAUUUUAUGGACCAAUGGGUUUUGAUAUUGGAGCAUUCCUUGGAAACCUUAUUUUGGCUUUCUUUUCUCAAGAUGGACAUGCUGAUGAAACAAAUGAUCGAAAAGGUUAUAAGGAAUGGAUUCUUAAGACAAUUGAAAACACUUGGAAUCUUUUCCACCAUAAAUUCACUGCACUUUGGGAUGAGCAUAGAAAUGGUGCUGGCGAGGCAUAUCUUCCAGCAAUCUAUAACAACCCUGAGGUUCAACUACUUGUACAGAAGAAGUACAUGACAGAUUUGUUUCAUGAUAGUCUUGGAUUCGCUGCUGCUAAAAUGAUAAGGAGAAUUGUUGGUGUGGCACAUGUUGAAGAUUUUGAAUCAAUUACUGAUGCUGCUAAACGGGCAACCUGUGAAAAACGAGCGCUUGAUUUUGCUAAGAUACUUCUCAAAGAAAGAAGAAAAUUUGAGAGCAUUUCUGAAAUUGUUUCAUACAUUCGGCAAAUUUAGUCGUGACAAUUUUGUUUUUUUUGCUGUAUCAAAUAUCAGUACUAUCUUUUGUAUCUUGCUUUACAAGUUAUUACAUCUUAGAUUUGGCUGAGUGAGCACUAGUUGAUGGUUGUUUCCCUGACAAAUUAUAUAUGUGGUACACUUUAUAAUUAGUGUCCACAUCAAUAAAUGUGUAGUACAUUAAUUUUGUGUGAUUAAUGAUGUUCCUUUGGAACUUUAUUAUUAAA